CAUGACCUGAGCCGAAAGCAGACACUUAAUCCACUGAGCCACCCAGACCCCUUGGAUGCUUUUUUUUAAGACUUUCAUUUAUAUUGAGUUUUUAGCCCAACUUCUCAGAUACUUGGUCUAUAGCUGUACUUUUCCUUGCUUAUCAUUGGUUCUUUCCUAAUUUGAAAUAUCUCCUCUGCUUCUGAUCAGCCUUCUCUAGCAGCUUUUUCUAGAGUUGACAAGGACAUCCAUGUAAAUAAAUUCAGAUCUUUUUUUAAUGCUUCUUUUCUCUGGAGGUAUUUGAAGCAGAACACUUAUUUGGGGGGAUGAGGUAGGGAGACAUUACCUUUUUCAUAUUAUUCUCAUUUCUCAAAGCUACUUGAGAAGAGUUUUCUGCAUAUAUGUUUGUAGGUAGUACUUUUGUUUAAUUUUGUUGUCUUUAAUAGAUAAUUUACAUUUGUUUUGUACUAUAGUAGUUGGGGUGAAGGCUAAGCUGCUAUAGCAAAGAGGGUUCAUAUAUAGUGGCAUACAUAAGCUGGACCAUUAUUUAUCUCCUACUCAACAGGCUGGCUAGUCUGAGCUGGUGAGGCAGCUGUCCACCAUCAGGUCAUUCAGGGUCCCAGGUUCAGUCAUCCCUAGGUUGUUGUCUUGUUUGAAUGGUCUAGGUGCCUGCUAUAUCUGCAUUUCGACCUGUGGAAGAGGAAAGAACCAAAGCCCUGGCAAGCAGAAUGUCCUUUGUCCUCCACUGUUGAGCUGAACUGAGCAAAUUCUUCAGAAUAUACUAGAAAUACUCAGAAAUGUAAUCUCUACCAGGAAGAGGAAUAAUGGAUAUACAGCUUAUGUUGUAAAUAUGCUAUUUAUAGGACAUUUUAUAUUCUUUUUUUUCUCUUAACCUUCUGACCAAGAGAUAUCCUUUUGCAAGUGAAGAAACAAGCUUGGAGAUACUGCCUUUACCAAAUUCAACCAUCUAGUAGGAAAGUGUAACCUGAACCCAAAUCUUUUUUUCGCCCCAAAUCUCCUAAUUUGAAAUUUAGAGUGAUAGUUUACCUCUGAAAUAGGUUGCCUGUUUAAAACCCUCAGCAGCAAAACAAAUUUAUUACUAUUCAAAGUGAGUUGGUAUAUACAGGUAUGUUGUAGGAUAACCAUCAUAUACUUUUUCUAUAAAAUUAUUUUCAGCUUACUACUAAUCCUUUCUUCAACUUUCUCUACAUUUGCUGUUAAACUCAUCUAUUGAGUUUUUUUAUUUUGUGUAUUAUAUUUUCAGUUCUGUUCUUUUGACAUUUUUAUAGAUUCUUGUUCUUUGGUGUAAUUCUUGUCAUCUAUUCUUUGAAUAUCAUCAUCGUGGUUACUUUAAAGUCUGUAUUAAACAACUCCAAUACCUGGGUUACCUGUAGGUUUCUUUCUGUUGUCUGUUUCUUGGUAUGAUUAGUAAACUUUGAGUGAAUGCUGGACGUUGUGUAUAAAAAAUUAUAGAUGAUGUGGAUCUUUCUCUGCAGAGGAUUCCAGAAGGUAUUCUGGCUGGCAGCACAGGGAAGAUCUGACUAUAAUCAGGACCGGGUGGAUUCAAGGCUGUUUUGCUGUGUUUGUGAGAUUCCAUCUUCUAGUUUCUCCCCAUUACUAAAAAAGUAGUUUUCCAGGGGUUACCAACUGACAGCUGGGGUGUUUCUUAUUGUGAUCUUUGAUCUGUGUUCAGCUACUCUUUGCUUGGAAAAUUAGCCUCUUACCCUAACAUCUUGUUGAGCAAAUGCCUUGAGUGAAGAAUUAGUGCUGAGUGUGGGGUUUAUUUCUAUGUGCUUUCUGGGAUCUUGGGCUCCCAGUUCCUGGCUGCUUUGCCAGCUCCAAACACUGUUCUUUGUUUCCCCACUUCUGUGUGAUCACCUGAAGUUCUUCUGGCAUCCUGCCUUGUCUUCCUUUUGGCUUCUCAGUCUCUUUAUUACAAAUAAUCAGCAAAAACGGAAUUCUCAGCUGCCUUGGCAGCUCUCUCCUCACCUGUAGAGUGUGUGUGUGUAAUCUGCUUUUCUAGUUCUCAGAUGCAGAUGUGUGCUAUAAGCAACUUAGAGGCGGAGGCAGAGGUCUCUAUGUACUUUUCAAACAGUUCAGUGGAACUGAAAUAAUCAUUAUCACUAUGCCAAUUUAAAUGUUCGAUUUAGGGAUUUGGCCUAAGAAAUCUAGCACUGAGGUUUCAUGAUCUUCUAAAUAGCUCCUUGAAAAAGGUAAUUUUUAUUCACUAAGUGGUUCCUUAUUCUUGUUUAAAAGAAAGCCAAAAAGAGAAUGUCCUCUGCCCAGAAUUAAGUAUGAAUAAUAAUUUUCAUUGUUUAAGAUUUUGCAGUUUGCAGAAUGUUUUUUUUUUUUACCUACUAUAUUCCUCCUGCAAAUAUAUAUUAAGUACCUUUUACCUCCCUGUGUUAUAGGUGAGGAAGCCAAGAAACACAUUGAGUAAAUGCCUGAAAUCACAAGCAAAUUAUUGACAGUACUCAUUAAAAUUAGGCUCCCAGACUACUAGUCCUGUCCAGUAUAUUAAUGUGACUUCAAGUCAACUAUGUUUUAGAAAGUAUUUUUUAGAAGUUGUACCGACGCUCCUCUAAGUUUAUUUAACUUCACACUAUUGCUUGAUUUUGUUACCUGUAAAAAUUUCUUAUUAAGGAUAUUUUCAGUGUCCAGGAAAAUUUAUACAUACUCUGAGAGGCAGCCAUGCAUGUGCAGGUGUACAGGUAACAGACACUCAGCCUUUCUCUUCAGUCCUAGGAGGAAGGAAUUGUAAUCCGAUGCCUGUGCCCAGAGCACUACUGGACACAUCCUCUAACAUCUUGCUGUGGUUGUCUGAUUCUAAAAAUGAUGUUCACACCCAGACAGGUAACAUAAAACGUAUGCUGCCUCCGCCUCACUGAACGUCAUAGCUGUGGAGUCCUAAAUAGCUCUUCACAUCAAAGUUAAGAAAAUGGAUCACUUUGUUCAAACAGUCUUCACUCACUUGUAGGAGUGGUUUAUAUUCACUUCCUGGCUCUAGCUCUCUUCAUAAGACAGUCACGUGGACUAUCCCUACUCUUCAGCCCCCUUAUUUACAGGCAUUCCAGCCUAAUCUCUGCCGCAGCUGUCAGGAUCCUAAUCCUUCCUGCAAACACUCACUGCCAGUGUGUACAGUACUAAACUGAAUGCAUGCUUUGGGGCUAGCCUUUCCAGCACCCUCAGAGGUCUCUCCAGAAAAACAAAGUUGUGGAUGAUACUUUUUAAACUUCUAGAAACUUAGCCAACCCAUUUAGAAUAUGUCUGGACCUAACAUUUAAUAAACAUUGAUCUUCAGGCAGACAUGUGUAAUAAAGACCGUGGUGGGUUUUUUCUGGAGGGGGGGGCGGGGGAUGGAGGAGGAACUAAGUUGGGAGCAAAACGCGUGACCACUUUUGCUGUUGUUUAGCCGGUGACCUCAGGGACAUUAUUUAACUGUGUGCUUUCUUCAUUUGUAAGCUGCAGGGGAAAAUAAUUUGUCUUCUAACUUAUCGAGACAUACUGCAAAGAAAAAUGUGGUGGCUGUGAAAAGUGUUCUGGGAUCCUUGGAAGAAAGGAGUACUAUAUAAAUUCACGUUUUCAAGAAAUGAUCAAGAAAACAUCAAUAUACAGCCAUCCAUUAGUUCAUCGCUUAAUGGAUCCAGGAACUCAAAAAGAGAAGACAGAUGAUGACAACAAGAAAGUGGUUGCAGAGAUCAUGGCAAGAUGUUUUGUUCCAAGGUUAAUAACAACCACCUCCUGGGAGGGAUUUCACUUUGUUGGUCAGGAGAUUCGGAUUACUGAAGGCAUGGAUUGUUAUGGUGCUGUUGUUUGGCCAUCGGCCCUUGUUCUUUGCUAUUUUCUGGAAACAAAUGUAAAGCACUAUAAUAUGGUUGAUAAAAACGUGAUUGAAAUUGGAGCUGGAACAGGACUAGUCUCCAUCGUGGCAAGUUUACUUGGUGCUCAUGUGAUUGCCACAGAUUUACCUGAAUUACUUGGAAACCUGCGAUAUAAUAUUUCUCGAAACACCAAAAUGAAAUGUAAGCAUUUGCCUCAGGUUAAAGAACUCUCCUGGGGCGUGGCUUUAGAUGAGAACUUCCCCAGGUCUUCUAACAAUUUUGACUACAUCCUGGCAGCUGAUGUUGUCUACGCUCACCCUUUCCUGGAAGAACUCCUCAUUACCUUUGACCAUCUGUGCAAAGAAACUACUGUCAUUCUCUGGGUCAUGAAAUUCAGGUUGGAGAAAGAAAAUAAUUUUGUAGAUAGAUUUAAAGAGUUGUUUGACCUGGAGGAGAUUUCUAGUUUCCCUAGCCUGAAUAUUAAGUUGUAUAAAGCUAUGAAGAAAAGUCGGAGGAGUGCAUGAUACCUUCAGAGGAGCACUUCGAAAGCAAAGGUAGUUUCUAGCAGAGUGUUCCUUUAAAGAAGACCAUGGACUAUCUGAUGUAACACUGACUUUCCCAAGGGGACCCCCUCCCUACCCCCCCACCCUCAUAAACUUGCCUCACACCCAACAGGGAGUUUCCCAGAUAGAGUACCUGGGUCGGGAGGGCUGGCCCAGCCAUACUCUGUGGUCAUUGGUUAGGACAAGGUCUACUUUCCUCAUCCCUCUAUAGAACUGUUUAUUAUUAUCAUUAUCAUUUUAAUAAAUGGUACUACUAUUUUUAAUGUAUAACUAUAGGAUAACUUUUAAUAAUAUGUAUAAAAUGAACAUUCUUACUGUUUUAAACAUAAGCUCAUCUGAGUCUCCCUUCAGGAAUAAAUACAUGGUGUAUAUUGGGAUCUGCAAGUAAAUCUGAAAAGGCAGAUGCAUAAUGUAAUGGUAAAUGUGAGAUUAUAUUUUGUGGUUUUCAUUAGUGCCAGUUUAUAGGUGGUCUGUUGUCUCUGCCUGGCAGGCCUCAAGUGCAACCUCUGAAAUCAAUCACGUUUGUGGAUUUGAGGUUAUGGGCAAGGACAUUUCACUCUAGUAAAUGAAAAAUGAAUGGAAGCAAACAAACACAGCUGAAAUUUGGGAGGACUUCUUGUUUUAUUUUUAAGCCAAGUACAGUUAUGUUUUAUCACAGGAACAGAAAGUAUAAAAACUUUGGGUUGAAAAUACACAUGGAAAGAUUUAGGUCUCUAAUCUCAAAUAACCAGACUUAGGACUGGUUUUAAAAUUUAAAGCUUUUGUGAUACACAUGUAUAGACCUAGAUAUUUGAAAUCCUAUGGGUUUUCCUAACAUGGGCCUUAGAGAUUAGAACAAAGAGUGAAGUAAUUAGAGUCAGGGCAAGGAGGGCAAAAAACAAGGAUUGUGUCCCAGUGGUUCACACUCCAUUGGUGGGUGGCUACUCUUGCAGUGUUCCUUACGUUGUCACAGUGCCCUCGGCGUGGUGCUUAUUCUCCUAAGCCCAGCCCUGUGCUUUGCUGGAACUUCUCAGCCACUCAGGGCCCAGCAGAGCUUGUAAAAUGACUUCCUAGGGUCCUGAUGUGUAAGGAGGUUGCAGAUGUUCUCCUAGUGGGUUUUUGGCUGUGCAGCCCAUAGGGCUGUCUCCCACAGACUCCAGCAAUUACAUGAUCUCUUUGGCUUUUCAUAGCCGGUUACUACAUAAAGUCAUGUGAUCCUUACAAUCUUUCUCAGAAGUCUAGGGAAUAUCAUUAUCCCUACUUCACAACCAGCAUUGCUUGGGCUGAAAGAGUGGUCACUUGCCCCAGGCACAUGGCUGCAGAGGGCUUGUCUGCGAUUGGGGCCUGUGUUCUUACCCCUGCACUGCUUUAUGUAUUUAAAGCAGCAGUUCUCAAGCUCUUUUGUAAAUGAGUGAAGUCAUCUCUUCAAAGUGGGAUCGUUACCCAGAAAGGUAAGCAAAUACAUUAGAAGAAGUGAGAAUUGCCCUUCCUUAUAUUUUCCCUCUUUUUUUCUGGCCUUAUCUGAGUUGUCAAAGCAGGUGCAUUUGGAAGGUGACAUUGAAGCAGAGCAGGAAGGAGAUGAGGGAAGAAGCAAUGCAUAUAUCUAGGGAAGUCUGUUCCAAACAAAAGGGGCAGCUAUGCCCCAGAGGCAUGCCAAUCUUCUAGCAGAAACAGCGAAGGCCAGUGUGCUUUGGAGCAGGGCAAGCAGGGGACACUGGUUAGUCAGGGAGGUCACAAGGGGCCAGGUCAUGUCUGAUCUUCAUUGCAGUCUGGCUUCUUCAGAAGCAGACUCUGAGGUGGAGUUUGGUUUGCCAGUCAUUUAUCAGGGAGUACCAUUGGUAUUGAGACCUGUGGGAAGGAGAGGGACAGGGACAGAGACAGAGGACGAGCUGCAGUGUGGGUCCAACCACCAGCAGCUCUGAACCCCAAGUGGCCUUUCUGAGUGGUCCUGUGUUGGGGCAAGCCUUCUGGGCCUUGAUGACCUCAUGUCAUGCAGUCACUGGAUGCAAGUUACCCUGUGACCUUGCAGGAGGUGACUCUUCACCUGAGGCCAUCCCUGAAUAUGCUCACAGCUGAGGGCCAUUUUGCAGCAGCCAGGUAAUAAGUUUUUUCUGAGGGGGAUCUGGGCAGCACAUCACAGAGAGUACCACUGCCUCUAAGGCCAUUGGAAGUACUGGCUUUUUCUCUAGUGAAGGGGAGAAUCACUGGAUGAUUUGGAGUAGACUGAAACAGUAUCACUUCAUGUGAGGACCACUCUGGCUGCUAUUUUGAGAAUACUAUGAAGGGGCAAAAGGACCAGUUAGGAGGUUGUGGCAGCCAUCCAGGUGGGCAAGGAGGGCAGCCUGCUGUAGGGAAUGAGUGCUAGAGAUGAUGAGAAGUGGUUGUUUCUAGACAUGUUUGGAAGCUAGAGCCAACAGACCUUCCCACCAUGUUGAGGAGUCAAGGCUGACUCUAAAGUUUUUGAUCCUAGCUACUGGAUGUCAAGUUAGAGUCAUUAGUUUAGAGAUGGUUUGUAAAGCUCAUUCAGGGAGCAAGAAGACACAAUAAGACAAGAAUGGAGCCCUAGGGCUGGCCAGCAUUAAGGUCAGACAUAGGUAUAUAUGAGAUUUCUUUGAGGUUCUGUCCCUUACCAACAAGUUAUCUGUUGACUUUGGAAAGAUCUGAAUUUACUACCACAAAGGGUUUUGAACUGGUCAGUAGAGUUCUAAAUUUCCUCACAGCUGACUCAGGGGCUUCUAGCAGUGUUUUAGGUGUGGCAACAGGAAUCUAGGGGUAACAAGUAAAUACAAUGGCUCCUAUGCUAAAUGUUUGAAUAUUACUACUAAGCUAUUUUUAGGUAGAAUACAUAAAGUGUCCUUCUUUUCAAAGACUGUGUUGGGACCAAACCAGCCAUAUGGUUCCUCUUUCUCUAAGUGUCAAUCUGUCAAACACAACGUUCUAUAACCAUUGUUUUAUUCUGUUUAUAGCAUUCACUUGCAAAUUUUAACACCCACACCCACACACUGUGUGUUGUCUACUUUUAUCUUUUUGCUGUAGGUUCUCCACACUUGUCUAGAUUCAAUUUCAUAAUAAUUUAAUCUCAAAAGAUGUAAUUUAAGUAGGCUUUUUCUAUCCUAAAAGUUUAUUUUAUAGCUAGUUGAUUUGUUAACUUCAGUCCAAGGGAGUUUACUGUGAGUUUUGCCUUUACUUCGCUUUUCUCUGUGUACGUUGUGUCUGCUGUGUUUGUGUGUGUCUGUGUUCUUUUUUUGACAAGUUAAACUGCUACUGAGAACCUGGUUCAAUUCUUUCAGUAACUUUCCAGAUUUCUAAUAGAAUAAACACUGAUUGUCAAGGCUUUAGUAGAAGUUUUUGCUUCACAGUAGACAUACCAGCUUGCUGGUGAGACUCUGCCCCGUAAGUGUACACGUGACACACAAGUAACCAUAAAAGUCGUCAUGCCCCAGACUGUAUCAGUUACCUUUAGGAAACUAAAUACUGCAUGAAAACUUCUAUCUUAGAGUUUACUAAUAUAUCCUAUUUCAUUUGUGCCAAUAUUUGUCAACCAAAAUUUUUCAAAAAUUGGUUUUUAUUCCAUAUUUAUAUUUCUUUUUUUGGGUAAAGAAUUGUGACAUUGGGUAGCUUCCUUUUUUUUUUGUAUAUUUUUUUCCACUGGAGUUCGAUUUGCCAACAUAUAAUAUAACACUCAAUGCUCAUGCUGUCAAGUGCCUCCCUCAGUGCCCAUCACACAAUCAUCCUCCAUCCUCUCGGCCACCUCCCCUCCCACUACCCUUUGUUCCUUUGCCAGAGUUAGGAGUCUCUCAUGCUUUGUUUCCCUCUCUGAUUUUUCUCACUCAUUUUCUCUCCUUUCCCCUAUAAUUCCUUUCACUAUUUUUUAUAUUCUCCAUGUGAGUGAGACCAUUGUCUCACUCUCCAAUCGACUUACUUCACUCAGCAUAAUACCCUUCAGUUCCAUCCACUCGAAGAAAAUGGUGGGUAUUUGUUGUUUCUAAUGGCUGAGUAAUA